AUGACGCGGUCUGAGCGGGGGAGACUGUGUAUCGGGGGGUGCCGGCCCCACCCUGCGCCUGCCAGGGUCCAGAAUCUCAUGGGGCUGUGGCAAGAACAGAGGUCAGGAAAUCACACAGGCGGUGCUGUGAGAUCCAAUUUUUUUGUGGGCGAUAAGUGGCUCAGAGGGAAGUGGAGCAUCUACUCUGCAUGCUUGUUGCAUCCCUGAGCUGGAACAAGACAUUCCCAGCAACUGCCAAGGUGUGGCAAGGAAGUGUCCUAGCCUUGCCAUCCAGAGCUGCAGAAACUGAUGUACAUUACAGGACACCGUGACCAUUUUGUAUUGGAAAACAGAGAUGGGUAUUCUUGCUGUACUUGCUCUACCAUUGCUUCUCUUAGGGAUCAGUGGAAUUAUUUAUAUUUACCAGUCAGUCAGGUGGCUAUUGUCCAAGUCAGCGGUGCAAAACAAGGUGGUGGUGAUUACGGAUGCCAUUUCUGGACUAGGCAAGGAAUGUUCUCGUGUGUUUCACACAGGAGGAGCAAGGCUUGUGUUGUGUGGCAGGACAUGGGAAAAGUUAGAAGCCUUGUAUGAUGCCUUAAUUAGCGUGACAGACCCCAGUAUGACAUAUGCGCCAAAGCUCAUACUUCUGGAUAUCUCAGACAUAAACUGCAUUCGAGAUGUAGCUAAGGAAAUCCUGAAUUGCUAUGGCUGUGUGGAUAUACUAAUCAACAAUGCAAGUAUGAAGGUGAAAGGAGCAGUGCAGAGCAUUUCAUUGGAACUUGAUAAAAAGAUAAUGGAUGCCAACUAUUUUGGACCUAUAACAUUAACCAAAGCCAUUCUUCCCAACAUGAUCUCAAGAAGAACUGGCCAAAUUGUUCUAAUUAAUAGCAUUCAAGGGAAAAUAGGAAUCCCAUUUCGUGCAGCCUAUGCUGCCUCCAAGCAUGCUGCUGUAGGUUUUUUUGAUUGUCUUAGAGCUGAAAUGGAAGAAUUUGAUAUUUCUGUCAGCACUGUGAAUCCAACUUUCAUCUGUUCGUACCAUCGCCAACCAGCACCUGGCAACUGGGAGGCAUCUAUUUGGAAAUUCUUUUUCAGGAAGGUGGCAUAUGGUGUACACCCAGUGGAGGUAGCAGAGGAAGUCUUGCGCACAGUGAGCAGGAAGAAGCGGGAGGUGCUUAUGGCCAACCCUAUCCCCAGGGCAGCAGUUUACAUUCGAACCUUCUUCCCUGAGCUGUUUUUUGCCAUUGUUGCCUCAGGUAUUAGGGAAAAGCUAAAGACAGAGGAGGAAAAUUGAUUUUGUUCAGUUAUUUUCUCUGGUUUUGACUUGAAAAAAAAAGUUUUUGUUUCAAAUGUCAAUUAUUUCUGCUGCUUGCCAUGGAUAGAAUAAAGGUACUACCACUGACACACAUUCAUCCAUGGAACUUCUACUCUUCUGGAUUUAGGGAAUAUGAGAUGUCAUUUUUUACAUUAGAACAGUAUGGGGAAAGCCCUACUAGGGACUCUGUCACUGUAUAAUACAGUGAUUCCCAAUAUAAAUCAAAAUUUUGGGACCUGCAGUAACUCACCAGAAUAGUCUGCUAGUGCUAGAACUGAUGGAACUUACAGGAAAAAAGAGAUGGGAAAGUAGGGAUAUGUGGGAGAGAGAGGAGUAAAAACCAAUGGAGAACAGAGUUAGAUCCUGGCUCAGAGUGUUCCUCAGACAUGCUUUUUGGAAGUUCUAACAGGAUAUGCAAAUGGCAAACCCAAUAAGGGCUUAUCUAGUUCAAUAUCUCAUCCACAACAGGAUCCUCAAGCACAUGCUUAGAAAAUAGAGCAGUCUUCCAGGUUCUGGCAUUCUGCUUCACAGUUUGAAACAGACUCUGUCUCUGCAUUUUUUAAAAAACUAUCAAUUUUUCACACAAACCUUUCAAAUCCUUAUUUCCCUGAGGAAAUGAACUAGUCAUAUAUAAAAAAAGACUGCCUUACGUUUACUUUAAAGCUGAUGUCAGGUAAUAUUCUCCUACUUCUUUUAGUGUGAGAGACACAAAAUAAUGGUACUCAAAUCAUUCAAACCCAAUCAUUCAUGCCCAUCAUACAUUCCAUGCAGUUGCCUGUUUUCCAAAUUGGAGAGCCCCGUAAACUAUUCACUCUUUCUUUGCGAGAAGUCCAGAUUAUCCUUGUUUAUAAUUUUUGGCUUGCUUCUUGUUUUUUGUUUUUGUUUUUGUUUUAAGAUGGGCAGCCCACAGCUGCAUGCAGCAUUCAAAAUAGAUAAACAAUUUGGAUUCACAGACAAGCAUACAGAUGCUUCCUGGGUUUUUCAGUUCUUUUCUUCUUUUGCAUGUCUUAUGCAAAUUCCCUCUUUUGAGACAUUUUUCUGACUUUUUUGACUGCUCCUGAUCGUUGAGUUUCCUUGUCCACUCUGCCAUAUAUCGUAAUUAAUCAUCAUGUCCAACAUAAACACGGUCAUUGUUCAUGUCAAUUGUCUAAAUUCCAUAUAUUCCAAAAAUUCUCUCACUCCUAGUCAUUCUAUGCUCCUCUCCCCAUCACAUUUUCCCAGUUCACGCUGAGGCCUUACUCUACCUUUUUAUCUCAUCCUGGGGGCUGAACCAGAAAAUAAAUAAAGCUAAUGAAAGGG